GAUACUGGCGAGGUUUUAUGCUAAACACACACAGACACACAGGCAGAGUUAGACCGGGGACAGUCAUGGGGAAGCAGACAGGUGGACGAGUGGACUUUGAGUGGGUUUAUACCGACCAGCCGCACACGUCACGGAGAAAAGAAAUUCUGGCCAAAUAUCCAGAGAUCAAGUCCCUGAUGGGUCCAGAUCCCCAACUGAAGUGGGUGGUGUCAGGCAUGGUCCUCAUCCAGCUCUUGGCCUGCUAUAUGGUUCACACCCUGUCCUGGAAGUGGAUCUUCUUCUGGGCCUACGCCUUCGGCGGCUGCAUUAACCACUCGUUGACCCUGGCAAUCCAUGACAUCUCUCACAACGUGGCCUUUGGCAACAAGCUGGCCAAAUGGAACCGCUGGUUUGCCAUGUGGGCCAACGUGCCCAUUGGUUUACCCUACUCUGCCUCAUUCAAGAAGUACCAUGUCGACCAUCAUCGCUAUCUAGGGGGUGAUAAGCUCGAUGUUGAUAUUCCUACAGACAUGGAAGGAUGGUUUUUUUGCACUCCGGCCAGAAAGGUCCUCUGGCUAUUUCUCCAGCCAUUUUUUUAUGCUCUGCGCCCAUUGGUGGUCAACCCCAAACCAGUGGCGCUGGAGGUCCAGAAUGCCAUCGUUCAGUUCACAGCAGACUGUGCUUACUACUAUCUAUGGGGUCUGAAGCCCAUUGUUUACCUUGUUGCAGGUUCAAUCCUGUGCAUGGGCCUGCACCCGAUCUCUGGACAUUUCAUAGCUGAGCAUUACAUGUUCUUGAAGGGACAUGAGACCUAUUCUUAUUAUGGACCACUGAACCUGAUCACGUUUAAUGUUGGAUACCACAUGGAGCAUCACGACUUCCCAAGCAUACCUGGCAGUAAACUACCUCAGGUUAAGCAAAUAGCAGCAGAGUAUUACGACUCCUUGCCCCAGCACUCAUCCUGGACCCGGGUAUUAUGGGACUUUGUGUUUGACGACAGCAUCGGCCCCUAUGCCAGAAUCAAACGGGAAUACAAGCUCAGCAAACAGGAAUAGAUUUUGUUCUCUUUUGAAUGUGAAUUUCAUUUGUACAAAUUUAUGGACAAACCGUAAAUGUCACUAUAGUUUGACUUAAAUGUUUGUUUUUCCACAUAUUGUGUUGUCAUUGCCGUACAUUUGCUUUUACACUUCGGUCCAGCAGUGAACCCUAUCAAAAAAAAGUGGGGGGACAAAACCCUAUUUCAGGUGCAUACACACUGAAAGGGGCUUAGAGCUGAGGUACAGCUGGAUGGUCUCCUUACUAUUUUAUUUAUUCCUGCUACAAACAGAUGGCCUUACACUGUGAUCCACUUGUGUUCAAAAGGGCAAACAGAUGAAAGCAGGAAGCUGCAGACAUUUAUGACUGAUAUUUCAUUAUCUGUGAUUAAAGACAAAGACUGAACACAAAACAUAAUUUUGUGUGACAGGGUUAAAGCAUGUUCUCAUGAGAAUACACAGACUGCACUGCCUUUCAGUCAUCUCUAUUUUUUUGGAAUAUUGCACAUAUACAGUUGGAUCCAUAAGUAUUUGGACAGUGAUUUUGUAAUUUUGCCUCUGUACAACAUCACAGCGGAGGUGACAUGAAAUGAUCCAUAUGUUCUUGUAGUGUUGACUUUCUGCUUUAUUUAAAAGGAUUUAACAAAAAUAACUUAACCAUUUAAGAGUUACAGCCAUUUUUAUACAUAGUCCCUAUUUUCUGAGGCCAUAAGUAAUUGGACAAACUAAACAUAAGCACUAUUGAGAACAUAUAGAAAUAACUUUCCAGACAGUUUUCUUUCAAUAAGUUGAGGGACUGAUUAUUUCCAAGUCAGUGAAUAUAUUUUUGACAGAGCAGCAACAUGUCAACUAUUAAAUUAGAUAACUAUUUUGAUAAUCAUUUUGAGUCAUUUUGUGAAUAAAAAGAAAUCUCCAAAUUCUCUAAUUUCAGCUUCUUAAAUGUGAAUACUAUCUGGUUUAUUUUACUAGUUUAUUUCUCUUAGUUAUGGCCAAAACAAGGCAUUUCAAGCAUCAUCUUGGGCUCUAGAAAACACUGGUCUACAGAGUUCAAUGGGUCACCAUUUUCUGAGUUUAUGGCCCCAAGGAGUAAUCAAUUAAUCCAGAAAAUAAUAGACCAAUUGAUUAAUUAUGAAAAUACUCAUUAGUUGCUACUUUAAUCUUGGACUUCAUUUUACAUCAAUCACUAAAUACCAACAGGAGUAGGGAGUGAUUCAAAACAAACCUGCAUAACCUUGGAAGGAGAAGACUAGUGAGGGAAGCCACCAAAGGACAAGUGUAGAAAUAGGAAAAAACAAAACCCUGAAUUGUGCAACUUCUGCCGGUUGUAUCACCAGUUCGUCUCCUGUCUAAGCAGCAGAGGAUUUUCUUAAAACUGAUUUGAAAUUUCAUCUAGUUUGCCACAAGGCACAUGGGAGACUCAAGCCUAGAUUUGAUCCAUUUUCUUGUAUUUAAAAUCCUUCUGUGCUCCGCUCCACCGUGAAGCUGCACUUUCCCCGCUUACCUCCACAACUGCAGAAGCCCAUUACUGGGUGUCUUGAUGGCUUCCCUCAUUAGUCUGCUUCUUGCACUGGAUGUAAAAGUGAUGAAUUGUAUUAAUAUUCCUUAUUUUUUUGUCCAAUUACUUGUGGGCUCUGAAAAUUGAAGGGCUGUAUAUAAAAUAGCUGUAAUUCCUAAAUAGUUAGUGAUCUUUUUUUGUCAAACCCCCUUGAAAUAAUGCUGAAAGUUUACACCACAAGCGCAUCUGGUUUCAUUGCAACUCUUUUGUGGUGGUGCACAGAGACAAAUACAAAAAUUGUCACUGUGCAAAUACUUCUGGACCCGGCUGUAAGUCCCCUCUGCUUAUGAUACAAUUUCAAGUGCAUAUUGCAGAACAGUGCUGAGAGGAAAAGGAGACCUUCAGUGGGACAAGUCUUUUCUUUGGUGACGCCACAUUCUGCUCAUGAGCAGCUACAUCUUGUAAGACGUGCAUGCGGCAUGAUUACGGCUGGAGGGAGCUGUACAAAAAUGGUAACGCCUUAUAGCAGUGUGACUGUAGUUUCUAAUGUCAGCAAAUAUUCCACCUUCAGUGAGUCUCCUACUUGUGAUCUACUUUCCUGCAGGUCUUCAUGUGGUUUGAGCUCAUGCUGUUGCGUAACCUCGCAGUGGUUAUGAGUAAUGCACCAGCAAUUUAGCCUGCACCUGUAAGUCACAACUGCAAAGGCACACAAUUCUCAGACCAGUUUGAUUAACAAAACAAACACACACAAAAAAACGUGUGAGGUAAAAUCAGCUCUGCUGCCCUCUAAAACUGUCAUCCAGACACAAAAACAAGCAUAAAAAGCAGCAGUUUAACAAACUCACCUGCACUCUGUAAAACAUUUAACAGAAUAUUUGCUCCUCAGCAACAGAAACUACAAUGAAUCAGCCAGCGUCCGUUACUAUUCACUGCAGCACAGCUGUGCUCUGGGGGUUCCUUUUAUUUUGGCCACCCACUGUAUGCAAAAACUUGUUGUGAUUGUUCAGAUCGGUGUGUUGUUGCUAUUUAAGUGUGCUGAGUAAUAAUAAAAAAAAGAGUAAAGGUUCUUUAUAAGAACCUGCUACAAACAGUUUGCAUCUGAUUUUCUGUUUCAAGCCCAUUUGUGCGAACCACGUCACUCCCUGAUUAUUUCACUGUAAGUAAUCGAUGCCCCGAAGGUGAAACGCUUCUAAACUUUCCACACAGUAAAACUAAACACACUUUUUUUUUCUUUCUUUUCUUGAAUGAAUUUACUUCCAGCUUUGAAAUCAGAACAGUUGAGAGGGGACAGAGUGGAUAAAAUACAACAGCUGAUAUUCAACCAAAUCUCUUUAGUCACCGUCACACAGAUAGACCUCAACGUGUUCAUACAGGAGCAAGAUUUGCAUGUGUCCAGAGAAACAGGCGUGUUAUCGCGUUUAAAAUCUCUUUCAGGUGGCUGCUUAAAUAUUUAUACAUAUUGAAGUGGAACAUAAUUACUGAGCUCAAAGUGCAAACUUUCAGCUUUGAUUUGAAGGAGUUUGUAACAAUGGAGGAACUGCUCUCAGGUUUCAAUUCAAGAUCUCUGCUGGUACGAUACAUCUGACUUAGCUAAUCAGGAAUGCUUAGAUCUGGUAAGAAUAAAAGGUUCUUGGGACUUUCAAGGGACUGUUGCACUUCCAUUUGGACUCUGCUGCCGUCAAUUGCCAAUAUGACGUGUACCGACUUGUUAGGCUAAAGAAGGUCAAUGGUUAGGCUAACCUGGGUGGCCGAACCCAACCUCACAUAUGUGCAAGAUGUAAUUUACAACCGCAAGUUUGAUCAGGAUCCAUGAAGACGUUGUCCAGUUGUUGCAUACACUAGGUUUUAGAGACUCUGCCCCCCCAUGGCCAAAAUUACAAAUGAAAUACACCCAACGGUGAACUUGUCCGAGGUCUUGGUGAGGUAACGUUGUGUACCAACUUGACACAUCAGGUGUCUCUCCCCCCCCCACCCACCAAGACAUUACAUGUACAUGAACCACAGACGGAUUGAGCUAAACCAGAGAUGGCAAAAAGCUCAGGUGAGGCCAAAUCAAACUGGUAUCUCAAAGGUCAAAAUGGUGAGAUAGAUGACAAGAAUUCUGUCACUGUCCUUUCCAAACAGUAACCAAAUCAAGAACACCAUUCAGGAACUCGACAUCUAUAGCCAAAAAUAUUUAAUAAUGUCUGUAGAGUAAUGGGAAAAAUAUCCUACAGAUUAGACAAAGAUCAAUUUGCACUAGAAAUCAGAGAAAGGAUGGAAUGCUUGUCCAACUGAAGUACAGUGUAAGUAGUUCUAUGUUGUGGAUAUCCUAAAGUAUGAUAGAAAUCCUAUGAGAAAGAGAUAUAACAUGUCAAAGGGGUUCCUAUAGGAAAAAAGUUCUUCCCAAAUUCUAUAGGAUUUCUAUUGAUGAAAAUCCAAUAGGGAUAAGAUCCUGUUUGAUUGCUAUUGGAAUUUCUGUAGGAUUCCUAUAGGAAAAAUGUAUUGAGAUUCCAAUGGGAAUUCCUAUAGGAUUCUUACUUUUCCAAUAGAAUUCGUUUAGAAAAAAAAGCUGCUCCAAACUCUUUAUUGAUGAAAAUCCUGCAGGAUUCCUAUAAGAUUUUCUGAGUAGGGGAUGGUGGCCAGUGGCACUGACUCUCUAAAUUUUGAUGAUGCAGCAGGAAUAAUUAUGAACUACUUCCAAACUCAAAUGAAAGGUUUCCUAACUCAUUUACAGUGCAGAUGGACAAUGACCCGAAGCUGCACAGGCAACACUUUCCGCAAUGAGUUUGAUGUGAAACCAGCUGAGCAUUCAACACCAGGAUGCACAAACUGGAGAGUCUAGGGAUGUCUACUGGCUCCAGACUUCGGACAGACUGUAAACAUGAGUCAUCAGGAGAUGACAUAUCACCCCCAGUCCCCACAAAUCAGUAAUACAAAGUGUCAGGGGAUCAUCCACGUACACGCUUAUGCUAAAUAUGAAUAAAAUUGGUCAGCUGGUUCUUGACAUAUCACACGAACAAGGGUGGCAAUGACAAUAUCUUGAAUGUCUUGCUGUGACCUUGAAAUUGACCUCAAGGUCACUGUAAUCGAAUGGCGUCGACAGAUCACCCAAGUACACCAUUACGCUAAAUAUGAAUGAAAUUGGCCAUCUGGUUCUUGGGUAUUGCAGUAACAAGUGACUACGGAAGGUCGGAGGAACCUGCCACCCGGAGUAUAGCGACAGGGGGAUAAAAAGUAACUGUCAACUUCACACAAAGUAACUUUAGGAUUCCAAAAUUCUCCUGAAAGAUGAUCAAUGACACCUAAAAUUUUCAACCAAAUGUUUGUGUGUGUGU